CACUCCUGCCGGCUGCUCAGCGCACUGCUCGAUGCUCAGGCUCGGAUGUAGAAGCUGACAGGCUGACCUCGCUUCAUGAGUUUUUGUAGUUUAGGUGGAUCACAGUGUCACCAAACGAGAGACGGACAGCACAGCUCGGAAAGAUGCUUUGGUUUGAGGGCUCCAUUCCUGAUGCCAUUAACUUAGCUAAACAGCGGGGCUCAGUCUUCGUCGUUGUCAUUACAGACCAAGACGACCAGUCCGCACAGCUGAUCUCCAGCUGGGAGGAUGACACGGUGUCGGAAGAAGCAGAGAACUGUUGUGUGGCGAUCCAAGUCGAUGCCAAGAGCGAGCCGUGUGUGCAGUUCUCUCAGAUCUAUCCAGUGGUGUGCGUACCCUCCAGCUUCUUCAUCGGGGAGAAUGGGAUCCCCCUGGAAGUCAUCGCUGGCAGUGUGUCUGCUGAAGAACUGCUGAAAAGAUUCAGCAGAGUUAAGCAGAUGCAUGCUCAGCAGAUUGGAGGUGGGGCAGUGUUACUAGAGGCAAGCGGUCCUGUGGAGGCCAGCCCACUUGAUGGCACAGCUCCAGUCCCAGCUCCAGCAAUGCCUGUUCGGUCAGACACAGAAUCUGCAGCAGUACCACAAACUGCAAAAGCAUCCCUCUCCAACACAGUAGCUGAUAGCAGCCUUCCAGCCACAGUGACUCCUGCAGAGAAUGCAUCUUCAGAUCAUGCUGCUGAGAGUGAAGGCAACCUGGAGGCUACGGUGGAAAGGUUAACCAAGAAACUGGAGGAGAGGCGAGGACAAAAGAAGAAAGGAGAAGAAGAGAAGGCGAUCAAAGCAGAAGUAGAGCGGCGGAAGAUGGGAAAGGACGUGCUGGACCUGAAGAAGAAACAGGAAGGGGACAGGACCAAGCGACUCCUGGAUGAAAGGAACAAGGAGAAGGCUGAGGAGAAGGCUGCCAGGGACCGUGUCAAACAGCAGAUUGCCUUGGUAAGCUCAUCUGUGUCUCAUGUCUGCCCUACCUAAAGAGCACAGCUCGCAGGAUUAAAGGUGCAAGUGAAGAGCAGUCGUCACGCUACAGCAGGGGUAUUCAAGUAAAUGUCCAAAAGGUCCAGAUUGACAAAAUCUCCUCGUACAAAGGUCCAGAACAUUACAAUAAUAUCUAACUUGCGCUAUUUAGUGCCAUAUAAAAACUAUGAUCAAUUUCCAUAAUGGGAAAUCGUAGUGAACAGAGUUCAGUCAGCGGGCAGUUUGUCUCAGAUGUUCACAGACUGGCCAUUAUUAAAGACACAAAAUAUAAAAAUACAAAAAGUCUCCAGCUCAAUUCAGGGCCUUCUGGCUACUGCUGUUAUCAGUAAUAGUAAAUGGUAAACAGACUGUACUUGUAUCGUGCUUUCUGACACUCAAAGCUCUUUAACACGACAUGUCAUCAUCCACCCAUUCACACACUGAUGACAGGACUACCAUGCAAGGUACCACCUGCCCAUCAGGACUAACUAACAGUCAUACAACAUUCACACACAGCAGGCACAGCUAUGGGUAUUUUUGGGGUUCCGUGUCUUGCCCAAGGACACAUUGACUAGAGGAGCUCCUUCAAUCCUCUGGCUGAAGGACGAGCCUGCUCUCCACUGAGCCACGGUCACACGUUCAGAAAUAUUCCACAUUUUCUGGGGAAAAACACAAAUAAAUAUAUACAGUGGGAACGGAAAGUAUUCAGACCCCUUUAAAUUUUUCACUCUUUCA